AUGCGUUUAUAUAAUCGUGUAGUGCUAAUGCAUCGUAAGCAAAUUUGGCAACCAUGGGUUUCACAAGGCCGUUCAACUCUCAAUUAUGCGAUGGAACAUAUUCCUCACGUAGUUCUAGGAGUUCCUUUUGCAGUUUUUUUCAUGGUAGUUAUUGCUAGUAAAGAAAUUUAUAAAGCAAAUGCUUAUCAAUUUAAUGUCUAUAAACGACGUCUUAUGGUUCGUCGACCAGAAGAUAUACCUAUUGAAUAUCGACCAUUCUGCAGUUAA